CCUCCCUUCCUCUCUCCCUCUUUCUCUUCUCGCGUAACAUCGCUCUUUUGGUCUGGCCGACUGACUGGCUGGCUGGGUGAGGGCGAUGGUCUCUCCUCGCCCUGCCCAGUGUCAGACAGUCGGCGCCAGAGCCACAUCGUCACUGUAUUUGACUCUGUGCCUAGUGCCCCGUUGGCGUUCGAGAAAGGUACCAGAGGAAAGUAGACGAACAUACGAGCACACGGGGAUAUAAUUAACGUCACCUGCCUUCACCUGGAUUCCCGUGAGGCGAGAAGACGACACAGACCCGCCUGAGCUCUUCCUUCCCUUCCUCCUCCUCCUCCUCCUCCUCCUCAGGCCUGGCGGAGAGGAGGUGAGGCAUGGAGGACGAUUAUUGGUGUGACUUCGUGGCCGGCUGGGUGGGAGGAUGUGCCGGCCUCGUAGUGGGACAUCCGCUGGACACUAUCAAGGUUCGGCAGCAGACUCUGAGGAAGGUGUCUGCUCUUAAGGGCAUCACCAACACGCUCAAAUAUGAAGGGGUUCGGGGGUUCUACAAGGGCCUGGGCUUCCCUCUCUUGGCCACAGGUACCCUCAACGCUCUCUUCUUUGGCGUCUACGCUAACACCCUACGGUUGCUCUCCCCGGGUCCUGAGCGGCCGUCCUACGCGAAGGUGUGCGUCGCUGGCUGCGCGGGAGGCUUGGCGCAGCUCGUGGUGGCGUGCCCCGUCGACUUGGUGAAAAUCAAGAUGCAAAUGCAGAUGGGCGAGGUGGAGGCGGCGUGGGGGCGGAGGGCGGGGUACUCCUACCAUGGGCCCGUGGCGUGUCUGCGGGACCUGUACCGGCGGGGAGGCGUGGCGGGCUGCUACGCCGGGCUGGGCUCCAUGACGGUCAGGGAUGUGCCGUCGUUCGGGGCCUACAUGGUGCUGUACGAGGCGAUGGUCAACUCGAUCUCGGGUAGCGAGGAGAAGGCCAACGCCCCGGUGCUAAUAUUUUGCGGCGGGAUGGCAGGUGUGUUGUCUUGGGCUUCCAUUCUACCUCUGGACGUGUUGAAGUCGAGGCUCCAGGCUGACAACCCCUCGAACCCACAGUACAAGGGCAUGUGGGACUGCUUCAUCAAGAGCUACAAGGCUGAAGGCCCCUCGGUCUUCGUGCGGGGCUUCGCUAUGAUGUCCCUGAGAGCUUUCCCGACCAACGGAGCGAUCUUCCUCGGCUACGUAACCUUCCUGAACCUCAUGAAGCGACUCACAUCAAGAGGAGAAGGAGUAGAUGGCGCGGCGACGAGGAAUGAGCAGCUAAUACAGAAGAUAGUUUAAUAAAGACAGAAAUACUUGACCUCACAUAGUUAAGGGCACAAGAAGUGGAGGAAUUGAGGACGAGAUGACGAGGAAGGAGCAACUGAUAUAAUGAAGAAUAUUUAAUAAGGACAUAAAUACUUGAC